UCUGCGGCAUCAUCCAUGCGCCGCAGUCAAUCAGCUGUUGAGGCAACUGCUGACUAACUCGGAACAAGGGUUGCUCGUUUGACAUUUCUAAACCUAGACGAGACAAUCUGAAAUAGAUUCUUCCUCCGAUUCCCGAAAGGGUGAACAAUCAAGCUCUUCAAAACAUGCAGGAUGAUUUACUGAUGGACAAAAACACAGCCCAGGCUCACCAUCAGCAAGACCCGACGCAAAUAGACCCUCCUCCCUCCUCUAGUACCCCCCCGACCCUGUCAUUGGAGCCGUCGUCCUCAUCAUCGGAGUCUGAAAGUCCGUCGACCGGGAGCAGCACCGCGGACAAAUUGUCGAUGGAGUCACCGAUCCUGCCAGGGUUGAACUUCCACCAGCAGCCGCAGGAGACCGAAAGUCUCAUUUCCUCCCCGUCCACCUCCUUCGGGAGUACUUGGUCCACUGGAAACACUAACCUCGUGGACGAAAGCUUUUUCCGGGGAAUACCCUCCGUUAACGGGACGAUGCUUUUCCAAAACUUCCCCCACCACGUCAAUGCGGUUUUCGGGGCUAAUUUCUCGCCCCAGAUAGGACUCGCCCCUCAGUCUCAACAGCAUCAACAAUCGGCGCAACAACCACAGCAGAGAAGAUCACCCCUCAGCCCCAACCAGGGCCCCCUCCCCCAGAGACACGCUUACCAGACCAUUAUGAACGCCGCUAAAGGGUCGUCUUCCUCCGUAUCGUCACCGGCUUGGAAUAAUCACCAAAACGGCGGGUGGAGCACCGGCUCUAACCACCCUUGGAGUGCUUUGCAGGCAGGCAGGGACCCACGCAGAGCGGUGGGCGUCGGUGUUGGAGUUCCCUCUCCCGUGAGCCCAAUUUCCCCCAUGAAAAAACCUUACGGCAGCAACGUUAUUGCGCCCCCCAAAUUUCCGAGACCAAGUCCCCUCGCCCCCAAGGCCUGGGAUGAGGACGGUGCCUUCAGGACUGACAGCAAUAUACUACCUUUCCAGGACCGGAAUCGGCCCUUUGACGCAUUUAGCUUGCACUCUUUGGAGAAUUCCUUAAUGGAUAUGAUAAGGACUGACCAUGACAAAGGUAAAGCUCACCCUGCUGAUGGGCCACCAAUGACUAUCGCUGAUAUUUUGUGGAGGAAUCAUUUUGCAGGGCAUAUGGGCAUUAACUUCCAUCAUCCUGGAGCCCAACAUAUAAUGCCACUUAACACCCGGAGCUUUGGCCGCAGAAGAGGUCGUUCUUACCUUUUUCCCUUUGAAGAUGGCUUCUUUGACGAUGGCCAUAGUGACCUCUCCAUGACCCCUGGCCUGAACUCUCCAACCCGUAGUCUGAACGGAGAGAGGAUGGAGCGCUAUUCCCGCAAGGUCUUUGUUGGAGGCCUACCCCCGGAUAUAGAUGAAGAUGAGAUCACCAACAGUUUCCGUCGCUAUGGACACCUGGUGGUCGACUGGCCCCACAAAGCUGAGAGCAAAUCCUACUUCCCGCCGAAAGGUUAUGCCUUCCUGCUGUUCCAAGAGGAGACUUCUGUUCAGGCCUUGAUUGAUGCCUGCAUCGAGGAGGACAGCAAGCUCUACCUGUGCGUGUCCAGUCCCACCAUCAAAGACAAACCGGUCCAGAUCCGUCCCUGGAACUUGAGUGACAGUGACUUUGUCAUGGAUGGCUCCCAGCCUUUGGACCCCCGCAAGACCAUCUUUGUAGGGGGAGUGCCCCGGCCUCUGCGAGCAGUGGAGCUGGCUAUGAUCAUGGAUCGGCUGUACGGUGGUGUUUGCUACGCCGGCAUUGACACUGACCCAGAGCUCAAAUAUCCCAAGGGGGCCGGCCGUGUGGCCUUCUCCAAUCAGCAGAGCUAUAUUGCCGCCAUCAGCGCUCGCUUCGUUCAGCUGCAGCACAAUGACAUUGACAAAAGGGUGGAGGUGAAGCCGUAUGUGCUUGACGAUCAGAUGUGUGAUGAGUGCCAGGGGGCGCGCUGUGGGGGGAAGUUCGCCCCCUUCUUCUGCGCCAAUGUCACAUGUCUACAGUACUAUUGCGAGUACUGCUGGGCCAGCAUUCACUCGCGAGCAGGCCGAGAGUUCCACAAGCCACUUGUGAAAGAGGGCGGUGACCGCCCUCGACACGUGUCCUUCCGCUGGAGCUGAGUCAUGUCUGCCUGACCAUCCCAUCCUCAGAUACAUACCAAAAAAAAAGCCUCUCAAUCUGUAGGCAGAUCAUGCUAGAUAACACAACGCAUCCCAUAUUUACACCCUCCGGCCCAACACAUUGUGUCACAGUGUGAUGAAGCAUUGUGAGAAGGUAAAGCUUAGAAUUUUGCACUUUGGCACACCACCUCAAUCACACACAUGUGCAGAAUGUAACUUCAAACACUUGACUACUUUCAGCUCAUUCUUUGCUUUGACUAGGUGGUGAGGUCCUGCCUCAUAGAGGUGAAACCAUGUGAAUAUUUUAAAAAAAUACAACAACAUAUUUUUAGUUUUGUACCUAUCUAUACAUGUAUGGAUAAUUUUAAUUUAAUGUAAAAAGAGCAUGCAAGGGCAUAUAUACAAUACAAUACAGUACAUCUUUAUUCAUGUAUUGUAGCUGGUAUAAAGCUCUUUAGACAACAGCUAACAUAAAAUAACAAAAUACAGUCACUUCACGCAACACAGAACAUAAGACGUGGACGUAAUCGUAACCACGAUAGUUAUGGAUGAAAGAGGAGCAUCAAAUAGUCAUUUCACCAGGAAUAAGAGUCAUCAAAACUUGCAUGACGUCCCGUGAAUCUGCUCCAAGCUAAUUUAGAAAAUAAACAAGAAGCUUUAGCGUCCAUUAACGAAAAAAGAGAUUGGGUCACUUCUCCUGUCCCAUGUUAAUCCACUUCAAUUCCAAGCGCCGGCUCUCAGUUCCAAAUACGCAUCCGCGCUACACGCUGAAGCUUCUCUCUCCUCAUCCUCAACUCCGACAGCUAUCCAUUCAGCCGCACCAACUGUUGGACCAACUGUCCAACAGCGCCAACAUCUUCGUUGAACAAAACGGUGCUCUCUGUGAAAAAUGCUGCCCACUACAGGCACAAAAAACACAAGCACCCCCGGGGCUGUCAAGCGGCGAUAGGCAAAUUGCGCCAGUAUUAUUCUCCCCCAUCAAAAUCAGUGCUGCCGAAAAGGCGCAACCAUCAAGCACAGAUUCUUCUCCUUCGACGAAUGUCGUCGCCAAAACGCUGAAAACAAUCCACUAUACAUAUAUAUUUAUAUAUGUACACGCACGCACACACACACACACGCACAUACAUUAAUAUACAGUAUAGGCCCCUUAGAGAAGAGUCGCAAAAGGCAUUAAAAUAAAUGCACUCAGAAACUAGUUGGAAUAAUAAACAUUACAAAAUUAGGCCCCUGAAACAAUUUGAAAUGAUAAAAAUAAUCACUCUAUAAUUCAAAUAUUAAUACAUCAAAUACACACAAUCAGAUUAGUUCACUGUUGAUUUCUACGUCUUUUUUAUACAAUUUUAUUUAUUUAUUUUAUUAUUUUUUUAGAAUUUUCUGAAUGUAUUGUUGCAAUGGCUUUGCUGCUAAAUUGAUGGUAUGAUGAGAUACCUGAAGUACACACACCUCGCGUGCAAAGAGGACACAACCGCAGUGCGCUCUCGACACAAAGAUGGCUGCCACUGAACCGCAUGUUUAUUGCAAAGAUGGCUGCAUGCGAUGACUAUUUAACACCACCCAUGUUUACACGACAUGCUUAAGAUUCAUCGAGAGGCAGUAAACAUUUAAAAGCAUCGGGUGGGUAGAUGCAACCUUAAAUAUCACAGAUCCAAUUAGGUCUAAAAUAAUAACGAUAAACGGUGUCUGAGAGGUGAAGUACUUUUUUUGCAGUGAUUGUUCUUAUAAUUGUGUGAUUUUUAUACCGUAUAUAGUUAGGUCAGAGUAUGCCUAGAACUGUGAUUCGCUUUAGCUGUCGUACCUGUCUGACAAAGUGAUGUUUCACUGUGUGUGUGCGUGUGUGUGUUUGUGUGUGUGUGUGUGUGUGUGUGUGUGUGUGUGUGUGUGCGUGUGUGCGUGCGUGCGUGCGUGUGGAUAUACAGUACAUAUAACAGCUGCUCUUUCCAAUGCACACAAACCAAUCGAAAGAGAGCCGGGUUGAUGUCCUCCCACCCACAAGGAGUCGCUGCUACUCUUGUAGUGGAUGCAGUGAUGAGAAAGAACGGAAAUGAAGCUACUAGAGGUUGACAAAUGUCGCAUGUUCUCUACACAUAGGUAGAUGUAUAUAAAGAUGUGCAAAAUAGGGGUACCCUGUUAACCCCCCAUUUAAUUUGUCCUGCAAAGCUUGAAGUAACCGACCUGCUAACAAUCUAAUUGUGUUUCGUAUGAUAAGGUGAUGGAGCGCAGCGAUGGCAAUUUUUUUUAAGGCAUUUUUCUGGACAACUCAUAGGCCUACAAGGUUUUUACAAGUUUAUGUGUGUUCACUUUUCAUUUUUGUUGGGGAAUGAUUGUGCGAUCGCCCCAAAGCCCAUCUCCUCUUUUAGUCCAAAACUGUUUAUUGUUUUUCAUUUUUGUAUGUUUCGUGUUGUCCCAAUUUUUUUUUUUUUUUUUACUAGCGGAAACAUAACGGAAAAAAAGUAGUGGCUAACCAUAUACAUCCCUAUGAAAGUGAAUUUUUUUUGGGGGGGGGGUUGUGACAUUUCCUUCCCACCCAAGCAGGUUUUCCGUUUGUUUCUUCUCGACAGGAUAGUUGUUCGUUAUACACUACUCUUUGUAUCGUUUUUGAGAGUCCGCAGUUGUUUGUGUUAAAAGACAACAACAACAAAAACGAUAAAGCUUGCUUUCUGACUGACAAGAUCUUUUGCAAUACGUACCUCAAUUUUGAAAUAGGAGAGAAUUUUGAAAUAGGAGAGAAAUUGCUAUUUUCUAAGUUUAUUUGGAUAAUAUAUAUAUAUAUAUAUAUAUAUAUUAUAUAUAUAUAUAUAUAUAUAUAUAUAAUUCUUGCAGAAAUUAGAUAACAGAUGGUUGAUUUAUUUUAAUUUGCUUUUAUUCUGUGGUGUAUAAGAUGACAGCGGAAUUAGUUAGACCAAAUAUAAUGUUGGGUUUGUGUGAGACUAGUUAGCGGUCAUGUCGAAAAAUAUCAAGAUGAAACAUUUCUUUUGUUGCCACUAUUUGUGUCUUUAUAAUCACCUAUUUGCUAUGUUUUCUCUGGUUAUAAAAUAGGUUUUCUGCUUGUUUUGUUUUUUUUUUAAAUACAUGCUCGAAUUGCUUUUGUAGGUUGGUUUGUUUGUCUGUUUUCCAUAAGCCCUGAUGCUAGCUUGGCCUCGUUGCAAAAAUGAGUGGUGGCUACAAGAAAAGAAUGUUAUUUAAACAAAGCAGACAACUUGACCGAAAGUCCCCAAGGUGCAUCAAGACUGGUGGCCUUUUGCUCAUGCAACACUUGAAUUUGUCCCCUUUCCUUCCUUUCUGAAGCUAAUAACCUCUUUGUUGUUAUGUGCAAUACUGUUUGUACUAUUUGUAAAAAAGAAAAAAAUGGCAUAAAUCUUUAUUGCAGAAUUAUUUUGAUUGUGAUUCACAAAAAUAAUUUUCUACUGUGUAUUUACCGACUACCUGCUCGUACCUUCCAGUAGUAUGUAGCCUUUGUACGGAGAACGUUUUCACUAUUUUUAUUUUUCAUUUCAUUUUACAUUGUUUUUGUAAGAUAAAAAAAGACUAACAUAUUGUUGUUUUAUAUUUGCUUUUACUGAUUUAUUUCUCAACCCUUAGGAUUUAUUGGGGGAGACGUUCAUAUCUGUUCAAUGUAAUUCAUAAUAUAUUAUUUUGUAUUUUUACUUGUAAUAAAUUAAUUUUGUUAUGCUAGUUCUUUCAAAUUCUUUUUUUCCCCCGUUUAUUUUUGAAGCUGGAAUGUUUCCAAGAUAAUUUCACAUGUCUCUGGGCUGUUUAAAAUGAUUUGCUUUGUGUAUCAAUAAGACAAUUAUGUACAAAGGAGGUAUUAGUGGGCCUACAUUGAAGAUAGGGGCUUGAUGAAAAAAGUGUAAAACAAAUGUUUACUUAUAAAAAAAAAACAAAAACGGAACUGAGCGUGUAGUAUACACUACAGUACUUAUGUCUUGUAGCAGCAUGGCCCACUUAACACAAGAACUCAAGCUGACUUAGUGUUGUGUAGUGCACAUCACUUCCUAAAUAAGAUCACGACUCUGUUGUCUCGUGUGACUGUAUCCAAGUAUGAGAGUAAGCAUAGCGCUUUCAGUGCAUAAUACAGUAUACAGCAUUUGCACGACCUGUGAAAAGCGUUUUAUCUACACUGGGCAGUGAUUCCCAAUCAGGUUGCUGUAUGAUCACAAGGGGUGCUAUAGAGAAAAUCUAAUUUCAUUUUACUCAAAAUUAUACUUUGUUCCUCUAUGUCAGCAGCCUAUCGUGACAGAAAAAAAUAAUGAAAUGCUCUUUUAUCACAUGGCAAAAGGUAGAAGAAACCUGGGUGUCCCACCAGCUGUUGUCAUAAAUACAACAGUAAUGGCUUUCUGUAAACUUAUCAGCUUUGUGGUCAGUUAGGUAAAUUCUUUGGUAAAUUGAGAUGAGAUAAUUUCAGUUUAUAUUUCAUUCUGUGAUAUGUUUGUUUGGUGUGCCGUGUGAUUUUUUUCUAAUGUAAAAUGGGUGCCUUGACUCAAUAAAGGUUGGGAGACACUGAUCUAAAGGAUGCGUUCUCUCGUCAGUAAUGUCACAAAAUAAAUAAGACGACCAUAAUUCUAAUCCGUCUCAAGUGUAUUUAAUUGAAGAAGCAUUUGGAGAAAUAUAAGAAGGCAAGUCCUCUUAUGUCUCUAUUCAAGUAUAGAAGAAUGUUCUGUUAUUGCCCCAGUGUCCCAGUCUAGUUGAAACCCAUACAAAUGAGUUUCAUGUUCAUUUUGCAUAAUUAUCUACAGCUGAAUUAUAUAAUUACUGGUCUGACUUAAACACACACUCAGCAAGUUCGCCUGGGUCUAAUUUUUAAUCCAAAGUAAGUGAAUACUUUUUUCCAAACUCCAAUCACAUUGGUCAGCCAUUUCUCCCCCCCAUUAAAUGUGCAAUUCUUGAAUGCCUCAGAUGUCUGAAGGCCUGAAUUUUGUUUUUGUUUUUUUGGGAGGGAGGGUGGACAAAGCUACCGUUAGACAUUUAUCUCAGUAAGACAAGUUUGCUUUGUGUGUAUUCUGUACUAAUGAGCAACUGUUAUUAAAUGCAACAUCUGCUGUGGAAACUUC